GUUCUUCCUUCCAUCUUCCACGACUGGACAAUCCAUCUAUGUAUCUGACGUUUGGCGUUUGAGUUCUUGUGGGUCAUUGUUCCGAGUCGGCAUUUUUCUACUUUGGAACCCAAAAUCGACGAUUUUCCCAUUUUUGUACCACAACUGGUGUUUGCAGUGAAGAGUUGAAGAUGGUGGCUGCCAUGGAGGUUUCAACAGAUGUCGAGAUGAAGAGUGCAGACAGUCCUGCUACAGAUGCUGAAUCAACAGAUUCCAAGAAAGAUGUAGAUCUUCUGAGCAUUGCUGACAUCCGAGAACAUGCUAAACAAAUUGAAAAGGCCAUUCAGACCAAGGAACCACGAUUCAUUCUUCGAGUUCUUCGGUCUCUCCCCAAUACCAGAAGAAAACUGAAUGCUCUGGUGCUGAGAAGUAUCAUUUCCAGUCUGUAUACUUACUCCUCUGCUGAUCGUGAAGCUCUCCUGGCCUACGUAGAUGAACCUAUGGACACUGAUGGUUCUACAGGAAGUCAGAAAAUUCGCAGUGGGAAGCCUUCCACAACACCUUUGUUGCCUGAGGUUGAUGCCUACAUUAAUUUGUUGGUGUUGGUGAGGCUCAUAGAUACUGGUAAACAUCAAGAAGCCGUGCAGUGCUCAGAGCAGUUAAUGGCAAAGCUAAUGAAUCAAAAUAGGCGCACAUGUGACCUGAUUGCUGCAAAGUGCUAUUUUUACCAUAUGAGAAGCUAUGAGCUUAUCAACCAGCUCGAGAAGAUCAGAGGAUUUUUCCAUGCAAGACUGCGUACUGCUACUCUGCGUAAUGACUUUGAAGGACAAGCUGUCUUAAUUAAUUGCCUUCUCCGAAAUUAUCUGCAGUACAAUCUCUAUGACCAAGCUGACAAACUGGUUUCAAAAUGCAACUACCCUGAAACAGCAAGCAACAAUGAAUGGGCUCGUUUUCUGUAUUACUUGGGUCGUAUCAAGGCAGCACGCUUGGAAUACACUGCUGCUCACAAGCACCUUGUUCAAGCUUUGCGCAAAGCUCCUCAACACGCUGCAGUUGGCUUCCGUCAGACUGCUCAGAAGUUAGCAGUAACAGUCGAACUUCUCCUUGGUGAUAUUCCUGAGAGGCAAAUAUUCAGGCAAGCAGCUUUGCGCCGAUCUCUGGGACCAUAUUUUCAGCUUACUCAAGCUGUAAGAAUGGGCAACCUUCAAAGAUUUGGUGAAGUUCUAGAGAAUUUUGGCUCAACUUUCCGAGUUGACCAUACCUAUACCCUUAUAUUGAGAUUGAGACACAAUGUCAUCAAAACAGCCAUCCGGGCCAUUGGUCUUUCUUACUCGCGCAUCUCACCAGCUGACAUUGCGAAAAAACUUGGCCUUGACUCCCCUGAGGAUGCAGAGUUUAUUGUUGCCAAGGCUAUCCGUGAUGGUGUGGUAGAAGCUACCCUUGAUCCUGAAAAAGGGUACAUGCGAAGCAAGGAAAGUGCAGACAUCUAUUGCACCAGAGAGCCACAGCUAGCCUUCCAUCAGAGGAUUUCAUUUUGUCUAGAUCUUCAUAAUCAGAGUGUUAAAGCUAUGCGAUAUCCUCCCAAGUCUUAUGGAAAGGAGUUGGAAUCUGCUGAAGAGAGACGUGAACGUGAGCAGCAGGAUUUGGAACUUGCCAAGGAAAUGGCUGAAGAGGAUGAUGAUGGCUUCCCUUGAACGUGAAGAUUUUGUCUUAUAACAUUCUUACUUACAUUGGUACACUAAAAUCUUCAACUUAAGGAAUUUCUAUUGUUUUUCAGCCAGAUGAGUAACAUGUCUUUUCCAUGAUUUCAAAAUAACAAACUUGUAAAAAAUUGGAAUAAAUAUCUUAGAUAGUU